CUGAUGGCAGGUGUGCUGCCAUCCAUGGAUCUCCAGCCACCUUGGUAGCAUCUCCUCUAUCUUGCACCAAGACCAUCGUCUUCCACGGCCCUACCGGACACUCGCGUGCCCAACCAAGCCAGACUUACCCAGCGCAAAGCGCACGUGACGUUUCCCCGUGCUUUUCAGCCAAUCACGCCCCAGUAAUUUGUAAAGAAUUCCCGGGGCAAGUUCCGACCAAAAUUUUCUAUGUUGUUUAAAACCACUCUUCAUCUAGUUGGUUUCACCUUUUAAUUCAUCUUAGAUCAUUCGUGUUCUCUGACCCACCCACCAGCCACACAAUCUACUGAUCCCCCGCCAUACAUACCACAACCAGCAUGUUCAGAAAUCUCAUUCGCCCUAGAUUCGCCAGAGGUUUAGCCACCAGUGCUGCUCCAAAGGACACCAGAAUCAAGCGUUUCCAGGUCUACAGAUGGAACCCAGACACCCCAGAAGUCCAGCCAAAGAUGCAAACCUACGAGGUCGACUUGAACGACUGUGGUCCUAUGGUGUUGGACGCCAUAUUAAAGAUCAAGAACGAGCAGGACCCAACCUUGACCUUCAGAAGAUCGUGUCGUGAAGGUAUCUGUGGUUCUUGUGCCAUGAACAUCGGUGGUAGAAACACCUUGGCCUGUUUGUGCAAGAUAGAUCAAGACAACACCAAGGACUUGAAGAUCUACCCAUUGCCUCACAUGUUCGUGGUGAGAGACUUGGUUCCUGACUUGACCCACUUCUACAAGCAAUACAAGUCGAUCCAGCCUUACUUACAAAGAGACACCGCCCCUGUUGACGGCCGUGAAAACUUGCAAAGCAUCGAAGACAGAGCCAAAUUGGACGGUUUGUACGAAUGUAUCUUGUGUGCUUGUUGCUCCACUGCUUGUCCUUCCUACUGGUGGAACCAACAGCAAUACUUGGGUCCUGCUGUUUUGAUGCAGGCCUACAGAUGGUUGAUUGAUUCCAGAGACGAAGCCACCAAGUUUAGAAAGGAAAUGUUGCAGAACUCCAUGUCCUUGUACAGAUGUCACACCAUCAUGAACUGUUCCAAAACCUGUCCUAAGGGAUUGAACCCAGGUAAGGCUAUUGCUGAAAUUAAGAAACAAUUGGCUUUUGAUUAAGUCCACGCAACCUCCCAUCGUGCAU